AUGCCAAAACUCGACUUCCCUCUCUUUUAUAUUCUGCGGGGCGUCCAAGCCAUCUUCGCCCUUAUCGUUUUGGGCAUAACCGGCCAUGUUGUGAAUCGAGUCUACGGCCAAUCUGAUACAGUCAAUUUCAUGCUAUUCAACGGCGUAUGGUCACUCUUUAUCGUCGUUCCCUAUUCCAUCCUGACGCCAAUCUUCGUCCCCGCACUUGCCCACCGUUUCGCUCUCGUGGCUGUAGAUGCAGUCACCAUGAUAUUCUGGUUUGCUGGUUUCAUUGCCCUAGCUGCCGACAUUGGAGAUCCUCAACGUUGUUCGAAAGUUCCCCUAUGCCGAGAGAUGCAGGCUGCCACAGCUUUUGGGGCCUUCAACUGGGUUUUGUUCCUAGCCACAACCGUUCUGAACGCGCUUGGCGCUCUUCGAAGAGAUCCUGCGCCUGGCUCUCAACCUCCUACUGCUCAUGUGCCUUGA